GUAUCGCGAUAGGGAAGGAUUUCGAGCACCUUCGAGCUCCAAGAACAAAAGAGGCUUGGUGAUGCAUGGCUCGUCGUCGUCCGCAGCUGAAUCAUUGCCGCCGCCAUCGUCUAAUAAUAAUCACGUGGUGGCCGCCGCCGCCGCCGACGCGUCGCCGUUUGCACCGAUUGCAAUUGAUGCUCAUCAUUUUCCACCUCACUUCAUUUUUGGAGCUGCCUCUUCUGCUUAUCAAAUCGAAGGCGCUCACAACAAAAGCGGGAAAGGACCCAGUAUUUUGGACACUUUUUUCCAUGACUAUCCAGAAAGGACUGAGGAUGGAAGCAACGGAGAUCUUGCAGUUGAUUUUUAUCAUAAAUACGAAGAAGACAUCAAGAGAAUGAGCAGUGAACUUGGAAUAAAUGCCUUCAGAUUCUCCAUUGCAUGGUCAAGAGUAAUCCCUAGUGGAAGGGUUAGCGAAGGAGUGAACGAGGAAGGUAUAUCAUUUUACAACAAGGUCAUCAAUGAAGUUAUACGCAACGGGUUGGAGCCAUUUGUGACUAUAUUCCACUAUGAUGUUCCUCAAGCACUUGAAGACAAGUACGGUGGCUUCUUGAGCGAAAGGAUUGUGUCUGAUUACAAGGAUUUCGCGGAACUUUGCUUUCAACGAUUUGGAGACAGGGUGAAGCAUUGGAUCACAUUCAACGAGCCAUAUCAAUUUAGUAUGGGCGGGUGGGAAUCGGGUAUGUCCGCACCAGGGAGAUGCUCUUCUUGGGUGAACCGGGCAUGCCAAGCUGGUGACUCAUCCACAGAACCUUAUAUCAUUGCCCACAAUCUCCUCCUCGCCCAUGCCCAUGCUGUCAAUUUGUUCAAGACUAAGUAUCAAGACUUGGAUUCCACACCCAAGGGACAAAUUGGGAUAACACUGGAUGUGACGUGGAGUGAACCUCUUUCUGAUGGUCACGAGGACAUUGAUGCAGCUCUUACGAACCUUGAUUUCACUUAUGGCUGGUUUAUGGAUCCUAUGACAUAUGGUCAGUAUCCAAAAAGAAUGACGGCGUUAGUCGGUGAACGGUUGCCUAAAUUUACAUGGGACGAAAUUCGGAUGCUGAAGAAUGCAUAUGAUUUUGUUGGCAUUAACUAUUACACUUCAACUUAUGUCUCUGCCAAUUUUACCCCUGACCCAAAUCCAAAUCAUAUUAAAGUUUCAACUGAUCGGCGUGUUACUUUAACACCAUAUAAGAACGGUAUACCCAUUGGUGAACAGGCUACUCCAACUUGGUUGCAUGUGUACCCAAAAGGAAUCUUUGAAAUUCUGAAAUAUACCAAAGAUACCUACAGAAAUCCGUUAAUCUAUAUCACCGAAAAUGGAGUUGGUGAUCCCGUGGAUCUCUCUCCGCAGGAUGCAGCUAAGGACACGUGGAGGAUAAACUAUCACAUGAAACAUCUUUUCUAUGUUCGUCAAGCCAUUUGUGAGGAGAACGUGAACGUGAAGGGUUAUUUCGCUUGGUCAUACAUAGACAACCUGGAAUGGCAAAGCGGAUACGCCGUGAGAAUGGGUUUAUACAACGUUGAUCGCAGUACGAAAGAACUCACGAGAACUCCGAAGUGGUCGGUUAAUUGGUUCCAUAAUUUUCUGAAUAAAACUGACAGCUCAGCAAGUGGAAGUAUUAAUCCCGAUGCAUGCAGAAGAUUAAUACCAAUACGGCUUGAUGAAACUGAGCAGCAACUACCUUGCGCUAUCGGAGCUGUAGCUAAUUAUCCCAAGGUUGCACACGAUGAACUUUAAACAAUUAGUUCGGGGUGUCGGGCUAUAUGCCUACAUCUAAUGAUAUAUGCCCAAUAAAAUGACAUAUGUAUGUUUAAAUAAAGUUUAAAAAAAAACUAUCAUAAUUAAUAUUGGUAGUUUAA